AUGCCGCCAUAUAAAACGGGUUUAUUAAAAAGAAAACUUUCUGAUGAAUCUAAAGAAAUAGAAGAUAAUAACAGCAAGUCCGACGAGGAUGUAGGCUUAAUCCGCGGUGAACUGGAUGCUGAGAACGACUCUACAGACUCGGAGCAUGAUGAUGAUGAUAAUGCAGCCUCUGAUACUGAACGAGAUGAAAUUCUCUUCCAUGAUAAUGCAGAUUCAUUAUUGAGUGAUGAAGCCAAUGAGUCCCUUGCAGAAUCAUCAGACCUUACUGAUUCUGAGGGAGAUGAUGAAUCAGAGGAUGCUGAAAGCAGUGAUGAUGAGGAUGGAGACAGUAAUAGUGAUGAAGAUAAACCAGAGAAAGUAAAAGAAACAAAACCUACCACAAAAGCAGAAAGUGAAGAUAGUGGUGCAGAGUCAGGAACUGGUCCCACCCUUUCUGGGUCUAGUGAUGGGUCUAAGAAAAAGAAAGAGAGGAAAGUGAUAAAAAAGAAAGAGUUCAAACAAAAACCAACAAAAACAAAAGCUGUCCAAAAAUCAAAUGAUAGUAUUGAUGCUUUAGCAAAUAAAAUCAAAGAGACUAAUGUUACGAUACAACCAGUACAAGAGAAAGACGAGUACGAGUCGGGCGACACUUCUGACGAGGAAGAGCGCGUGAACACGGCUGGCGCUGUGCCUUCCUGGUGGUACGAUGAAUACGAGCACGUGGGCUACGACGUAGAAGGUCGUCGCAUUGCACGACCGCCCAGGCGAGAUCGCAUAGAUGAGUUCCUCAGGAAAUGUGAGGAUCCAGAAUUCUGGCGCACAGUACGGGAUCCAGGCACAGGGCAGGAUAUCAUACUUUCCAAACAAGACCUUGAACUUAUUGCAAGGAUACGAGAAGGACGCGUUCCCAACCCUGAGCAUGAUGAGUAUCAGCCCUGGGUAGAGUGGUUUAGUCGUGAGGUCUUAGCGACUCCGCUGCGCGCGUUUCCUGAACACAAGCGCUCUUUUCUACCGUCGCGUGAGGAGCAGCGCCACGUGUCACGCAUAGUACAUGCGCUGAAAAUGGGAUGGAUGAAGACAAGAAAGCAGAUCGCUGAGGAGAGGAAGAAGAAUAAGGAGCACAAGUUCUACGACCUGUGGGGCUCGAGUGCGGGUGUGGGGGAGGGGGAGGGAACGCGCGGGGUGCAGCGGCACGUGCCCGCGCCGCGCCGCGCGCCGCCCGGACACGCCGAGAGCUACAACCCGCCGCCCGAGUACCUGCUGGACGCCAAGGAGAUGAAGGAGUGGAAUAAGCUGCAGCAGACACCGUGGAAGCGCAAGUACACGUUCCUGCCGCAGCGGCACGGCGCGCUGCGCGAGGUGGCGGCCUAUGAGCGCUUCACGCGCGAGCGCUUCCUGCGCUGCCUCGACCUCUACCUGGCGCCGCGCGCCAUCAAGAUGCGGUUAACGAUCAGCCCAGAGGAUUUGGUGCCAAAGCUGCCGUCUCCUCGUGAUCUACAACCCUUCCCUACGACUGAAGUGCUGAAGUUCACGGGACACACCGAUCUGGUGCGCUCCAUAGACUUCGAUCCAUCUGGCCAGUAUGUCGUCUCCGGCAGCGACGACGGCACCGUCAAGAUUUGGGAGACGAGCAGCGGGCGGUGUCUGCGUACGCUGGCGCUGGGCUGCGCCGUGUCGCGCGUGGCCUGGACGCCGGCCGCCGGGCUCAGUCUGCUGGCGGCGGCGGCCGGCACGCGCCUGCUGCUGCUCAACCCGGGUGCGGGGGUUGGCGCGCACCGCGUGGCCCAGCGCACGGACGACCUGCUCGCGGACCCGCCGCCCGCGCGUGACGUCGUCAUGGACGAGCGCACGGCGGCGUGCGUGCAGUGGGAGGCGGCGGACGCGGCGCAGUGGGCUCGCGGCGUGCGUGUCGUCGUCACGCACUUCAAACCACUUUUGCACCUGUCGUGGCACGCGCGCGGGGACUACCUGGCAGCCACGGUGGAGGACGGCGGCGCGCGCGGCGUGCUGGUGCACCAGCUGUCGCGGCGCCGCAGCCAGCUGCCGUUCCGCCGCGCGCCCGGCCGCCUGCAGUGCGCCGUGUUCCACCCGCACCGCCCGCUGCUGUUCGUGGCCACGCAGCGCGUGGUGCGCGUGUACGACCUGGUGAAGCAGGAGCUGGUGCGCAAGCUGCUGGCGGGCGCGCAGUGGAUCAGCUCGCUGGCGCUACACCCCGCCGGGGACAACCUGCUCGUCGCCUCCUACGACCGCAAGUGCAUGUGGUUCGACCUGGAGCUGUCGUCGAAGCCGUACCAGACGCUGCGCCUGCACGGUGGCGCCGUGCGCGCCGUCGCCUUCCACCCGCGCUACCCACUGUUCGCGUCCGCCGGCGACGAUCGGUACAUCGUCGUCUCGCACGGCAUGGUCUACAACGACCUGCUGCAGAACCCGCUGCUGGUGCCGCUGAAGCAGCUCCGAGCUCCGGAGCCGCGCGGCGAGCUGUGCGUGCUGGACGUGCGCUUCCACCCCGCGCAGCCCUGGCUGCUGGCAGCCGCCGCCGACCACUCGCUGCGCCUGUACGCCUAG